AUGAUUUGUAUUAUUUGGAACUGUCAAGGCGCAGGGGGAAGAGAAUUCCACCGCGUUCUCAGGCUCUUAAUUGAAACUCACAGGCCAAGUUUGGUGGGAUUGGUGGAGCCGAAAGUGUCGGGGUCACAGGCCAACGCCAUUUGCACCAAGUUUGGGUUCGAUGAGUGGGUUCGAGUCGAGGCCGUGGGCUUUAGCGGGGGAAUAUGGAUUCUUUGGGAUAAGGCUAUUCAGGUACAAGAAGGCACUGCAGACCCGUGGCAUAUGGCUAUAGUCUACGGGAGUCCAGUCCAUUAUCUAAGAAAACGUCUAUGGAGCGAGCUACAGGCGGCCAAAAGAGCGAUCUCCGGCCCUUGGUUAGUGGCUGGAGACUUUAAUGCGGUGACCAAACAGGAGGAGACACUGAACUAUACAGACUACUCGACUCAAAGGAACGCAGAUUUUGUGGAUUGGAUUCACAGCGAGGGGCUAAUUGAUAUGGGUUUUUGUGGGCCUCGUCUAACCUGGGCAGAGCUGGUUAAGUGGAACAAAGAGGUUUUUGGGAGCAUCGAAGGCAGGAAGAAAAAUUUAUUAAACCGUAUUGGAGGCAUCCAGAGGCUCAGGGCGGACCAGCUCCAUAGAGGACUACACCAACUUGAAAACAAAUUGAAAGGUGAACUAGAGGAGGUGUUAUAUCAGGAGGAACUGAUGUGGUUCCAAAGGUCGCGCGAGGAAUGGAUCGUUUCGGGGGACAGAAACACCAAAUUUUAUCAUGCUGCAACAAUGGUGCGAAGGGCCAGGAAUAAAAUUCGUAGCUUGAAAGAUGACACUAGCGAAUGGAUUAAUGAGGGGCAGCAACUACAGCAGCAUGUGCAUAAGUUUUUCUCAAAUCUCUUUAGGGAGGAAACACCUGCACCCCGGGAAGAGGCUGUAAGAGGCCGCUUUCCUACUUUGAACUCGGCGGCAUGGCGGGUCUUCAAUAGGAAGGUAACGAUUGACGAAGUUAAAACAGCUGUAUUUGACAUGAACCCGAUGAAAGCCCCGGGGCCUGAUGGGUACCACGCAGCCUUUUAUCAACAGAUGUGGGACAUUGUAGGGGCAAGCAUGUUCGACAUGGUGGAAAAAGCAUUCGAAACGGGUAAACUUCAAGAACAUGUGAAUGAUACGCUACUAGUGCUGAUCCCCAAGGUUCAGAUGCCAGAGACCAUCAAGCAGUUCAGGCCUAUAAGCCUGUGUAACGUGUCAUACAAAGUGAUAACUAAAACUAUUACUAACCGCCUUAAGUUCAUUCUUCCAGGUCUCGUGGGGCCCUUUCAAAGCUCUUUCGUACCAGGGAGGCAGAUAACAGAUAACGUGCUUGUGUUCCAAGAGGUGAUGCACACAAUGCGGACCAAACGCGGGAAAACAGGGUUGAUGGCGAUCAAGAUUGAUUUGGAGAAAGCAUACGAUCGUCUGUCUUGGAAGUUCAUUAAUGAAACUCUUAUUGAUGCAGGUUUCGAGAGUGCUUGGGCCGGGGUGAUUAUGGAAUGCGUCCAGACAGCUAACAUGUCGAUUGUGUGGAACGGAACGCGUUUGGAAAGCUUUAAACCCCAGAGAGGGGUGCGCCAAGGCGAUGCCAUGUCCCCAGCCCUGUUUGUUCUUUGCAUGGAGCGGUUAAGCCAAGCUAUAACCGAGGAGGUGGCUAACGGUGCUUGGAAAGGCAUAAGGCUGGCUAAUUCGGGACCUAUCCUGUCUCAUUUGUGCUUUGCAGAUGAUAUGGUCUUGUUCUCGGAGGCUUCUGUGGACCAGGUAGCCGUAAUUAAAGGAUGCCUGGAUAGGUUCUGUGCAGCUUCUGGGCAAAGAGUAAGCUUAAUCAAGUCUCAAGUGUUCUUUUCCAAAAACACGAGCACUGACCUUGCCGCGGAGAUAUCAACGGCACUUAACAUUCCCGAAACGAAGGAUCUAGGCAGGUACCUUGGGGUACCGUCAAUUCACGGGCGUAUCACACAGUCUACGCAUGGUAGUCUGAUAGAGAGGGUGGCGGCGCGCCUAGAGGGAUGGAAGACAAAAACUCUCACGUUCGCCGGGAGAGUUACUCUAGCCAAAUCAGUGAUUAGCGCCAUGCCUACUUACACAAUGCAGUCUAUGUGGCUACCGAUGGGAAUCUGCGACAAACUCGAGGGCAUGAUAAGACGAUUCAUUUGGGGAGGCGACGAGAAUACCAGGAAGAUAAGCUUAGUUCGCUGGGAUAAAGUAACGCAACGCAAGAGCACGGGAGGACUAGGCCUGCGAAAUCUUAGGGAGGUCAACUCGGCCUUCAUGGCCAAACUUGGGUGGCGUAUGAAAACGGAGCCGCAUAGUUUGUGGUCCCAGGUUCUCCACAACAAGUAUGGGGCUUUAGAGGACACGAGAGGCGCAGCGCAAGGACGGCGAGCAUCGAACGCUUGGAGAGGGAUGUGUGCUGCAUCUCAUAUCCUGGACAAGGGAAUUACUAGAAUUAUACGAAAUGGCCAUAACACCCGCUUUUGGAUGGAUAGAUGGGUGAAUGAUCAGAGGUUGUACGACCACCUCCUUAAACCGUUAAGCCUGCCGGAGCUGUAUGCGAACGUGGCCGAUCUCUGGGAACCGGGAGUUGGCUGGAGGUGGAAUAUGAUCGAGAGUGUGCUACCGGCAGAAUGGAAGGCAAGAAUAAGCGCACACAUUGUUCUAGAGGACGACGAGGAGGAUGAUACCUGGGGUUGGAGUAAGGAAUUAAACGGAAGAUUCUCUGUUAGUUCUGCCUACGCUCUUUUGGGAGACGAGAGCGAGCAAGCCAACGAUAGAAUCUGGGAGGCCAUCUGGGCAAUCAAAAUUCCAAACAAGAUGAUUCACUUCCUUUGGCUUGUUAAGCAUGGGAAAGUGUUGACAAAUGUUGAACGUAAUAAAAGGCAUUUCACUUCUGAUAAUGCGUGUUCUCUUUGUGCAGGUGAACCAGAGACGCUCCUUCAUAUUUUCAGAGACUGCAAGGAGAUGGAAGGCUUGUGGGAAUCUUUGCUCCCUCAUACGACAACGCAACUGCUCCGUACGAAACCUUGGAAGGACUGGCUAUCGCACAAUCUCGAGGCAGACGGCAGAAUGGGAUUCCCAGAUGGUUGGCGAGAGACGUUUGGGGUUGCGGUUUGGUGGUGCUGGAGAUGGCGGAAUGACAGAGUGUUUGAAGGCAAGUGUACAGACACACACCGGAAAAGGCAAUGGAUUAAAGAUCAAGAUAGGGAGAUACGGGAUGCUGUGACGAAGAGAUGGUCGCCUAUUUUACGAGGCAAUGGUCAGAAUAAGAAAGUGUUCGUAUGGGACAAACCAGCUGAUGGUUGGAUCAAAUUGAACGUAGAUGGCUGUUGCAAAGGCCGUGAGAAGAGAGCCGGAUGCGGUGGUGUCUUGCGUGAUACACAAGGGAAUUGGAGGAGGGGGUUUUCGCAUAACAUAGGAGCAUGUGAAGCUAAAGAGGCAGAAGCUUGGGCGAUCCUGGUAGGGCUGCGCAUGGCCGCUCACUAUGGUGCGAGCAAGAUUGUAGUCGAAAGUGACUCCAUAGCAGUUAUAAGAGCUCUGAACUCGGGAUAUCAUGCGGCAGGAAGAUGGGGAAACAUCAUGAAAGUCUGCAAGAGGGCGAGCAGCCAUUUUGAGAAAGUGGAGUUUUCACACAUUGUCCGGGAACAAAAUAGAGUGGCGGACAAGUUGGCUGAUCACGCCCUCACUCACGCUAUGGGAAGUAAUUGGUUUGAACAACCGCCUGGUUUUGUAAGAGAGCUGCUGUGGAGAGAUAGGUAUGGUGAAAGGGUCCAUCGUCCAUGCUUGAGCAGGCCAAAUGGCGUGUAG